UCCAGUUUCCCCUCUCUGGGCUAUUUCCUGUUCUGCAACUUUAAUAUUUCACAUUUGCUGGACCUCAGAACUGGCCAGGUUAUUUUUACACAGCUGCACAAAAACAGAAAGAAAUGCUUCCAUCGCACGCACGCUUCGGUGGAAAUGAAAACACGAUGUGAGCAGCAGACUUUAGGACCCAGUCCACAGAGCCAGCCAGUCGGGGUUUUCUUUUUUACUUAGCGACGUCUAUAAUGUCAUACGUGCUGCUAGAAGCGUGUUCCGGUGAACACAACUGAAAUUUGAAGGUGACAGUGACUGUGCAUCAUAUUUUUAAAAGGCCGGUAUCGAACUGCGUAAAAGUGCGCAUAUUGCGCGUCUGACAGGCAGUCAAAACAAGUUGUACGCGAUGCGAAAGGGCAUUUAGGGACAAAUAAAGAGCAGUAGAGCAUCAUGGGUGGAGUGGCACUGGAUGACGGAGGUAGUGGAGUGAAGGCCCCUGAUGGUGGCUGGGGUUGGGCUGUGCUCUUUGGGUGCUUCAUCAUCACAGGUUUCUCCUACGCUUUUCCAAAGGCUGUCAGUGUUUUCUUCAAGGAGCUCAUUAGAGAGUUUGGGGUGGGCUACAGUGACACAGCCUGGAUCUCCUCCAUCCUAUUGGCUAUGCUUUAUGGCACUGGGCCUUUAUGCAGCAUUUUAGUGAAUCGAUAUGGAUGCCGUCCAGUGAUGUUGGUGGGCGGUCUCUUUGCAUCGUUGGGAAUGGUCUUGGCAUCAUUUGCCACAAGCAUCAUCCACAUUUACUUGUGUACAGGAGUUAUUACAGGUCUUGGACUGGCCCUGAACUUCCAGCCUUCACUCAUUAUGUUGAAUCGAUAUUUCAGUGAGAAGCGGCCGCUGGCUAAUGGCCUGGCCGCUGCUGGGAGUCCAGUGGCUCUGUGUUGUCUGUCCCCUUUGGGGCAGGUCCUUCAGUAUGAAUAUGGCUGGAGAGGGGGCUUCCUCAUCUUGGGAGGGAUGCUUCUGAACUGCUGUGCCUGUGGGGCUUUAAUGAGGCCUUUGGUCCCACCAAAGAAGUCAGAGACCCCUGGGACUGAAAACACACCAGAUGAUGUUAACAAGCAAGCAAAGCCCAAGCCCAAGCUGCUGGACUUCAGUGUUUUCAGAGACCCGGGCUUUGUCAUUUAUACAGUCGCUGCCUCCAUUAUGGUGCUUGGUUUGUUCGUGCCCCCAGUGUUUGUGGUGAGCUAUGCCAAAGAGCUGGGAAACGAGGACACGAAAUCUGCCCUCCUGCUUACCAUUCUGGGUUUUGUUGACAUGUUCGCACGGCCCACGUGUGGCAUCAUCGCAGGACUCCAAUGGGUUCGCCCUCGCUGCGUCUACCUCUUCAGCUUUGCUCUCAUAUUCAAUGGCACCACAGACCUGGUGGGCUCCCUGUCUAAAGACUACGCCUCUCUGGUGGUGUUCUGCAUCUUUUUUGGCAUCUCUUAUGGCAUGGUGGGAGCACUGCAGUUCGAGGUUCUCAUGGCUGUUGUGGGUACAGAGAAGUUCUCAAGCGCCAUUGGUUUAGUUCUCCUGCUUGAAGCUAUUGCUGUGCUGGUUGGGCCUCCAUCUGCUGGCCGCCUUUUGGACGCCACUAAGAAGUACAUGUUUGUUUUCCUGCUGGCUGGGAUUGAGGUUGUGUUGUCAGCUUUAGUGUUGGCAAUAUGCAACCUACUGUUCAUAAAAAAGAAACCUGAGGCGCCAGAGACUGCAAUAGAGAAUGGAGAAACAGUGGAGGCAGAGAAUCACUCCAGUACGCUCCCCGUACAGGAGACACACACGGCCAAUGGAAACUCAGAGAAGCUGGAGGAUUCGGGUGACCUGAGAGCCGAGAAUGUUAUGGAGGAUUCGACAGAAGUGGAAGCGUUUCUUAAAGAUAAAGAUGAGCAGGAUAAGAACAUCCCCUGUAGUCCAGAAACCAAACUCUAAUAGACAUGACUGCUUAAGAAUUGGUCAGAAAGACUAGAGGAGAUUGGAGAACUGCGGUGUUAUGUGUGUCACUCUGUAGUCCAAUGUGUGUGCUACAUACUGACAGAUGAAUAUUUAAUCAAUAAUAGAGACCUACACUGCACUCAUGCUGUUCAAAAUCACAUUUGCACAUCCACACACAGAGAUUUGGAUGGGCCGCUCUUAAUACAUCUGUAAGUGAUUUUUGUCAUGGAAUUGUAUGGAAAAAAUGAUCCUACUCACUGAAAUCAUUGUCUUGAGAUGUCACAACGAUCUCUGUGAAAGUCCUAGACAGCAUUACAAGUAACACCAGUCAUGUAAUCAAAUUACUUUUUUCAAGUAGUAAAGUAACGCAUGACUUUUAAAUUUACAAGAAAAUAUCGGAGUUAUUUAUUCAAAUAGUUAACACAAGUUACUAUUUUCUCAUUUAUUCUCCUGUCCCUGUGUUGAGAGAAAUUAGAAGUGAGGUACAGAGGCAGAGGCACUUCCUUUAGCUUGAGACUGAAUAAUUAAAGACACUUUUGGCCUUUGCAGUUACUUUUUUUUGGUAUUAAAAAUAUGAAAGCCCAGCUCAGGUGACAAAAAGCAACAUAUGCUAAUUUUGGUUUGCUUAAAAUAUAUUGCUGGGUCAGAAUGGUUAUCCCAGAGAAAGGGGAGGCAUGCCUAAAGUCUGAAAAGUUUAAUGUUGUUACAGAUCCUUUAACUAAGUGCAAAGUAAACAACACAUCACUCAAGUAAAGCAGAGAUAGCUAUCACAGGAACUGAAGGUGUGAGUAUGCUCACAUUCAUAGAUAUCAGCAAAUAUAUCAGCAGAUCUCUCAGGAGUUUCCACUUCUCACUCAAAAUGCACCUUCUGUUCAAAUGCUUUGUAACAGUUUGUGUCCCUGUUUACAGACCCUCAUACACUAUGUAAAAUGCUUUGUUUUGUGCGUUGUGAGCAAUGUGGUCCACUGGCUUUAGUAGACUUCUGAAAAUGCCACGAUUUCCUGCAUAAAGAUCAGUACUGUAAUACUCUUCAGUAUCAUUAGAACAUUCCCCAUAGACAGCUACUGUAAUCCUGCUGGAUUGACACCUGCCACCUACUGCCCAAUUCAGGAUAUACUCUUCGGUAUAGGUAUGCCUCAUUGUCAAUAGAACUGUAUUAGUACUAAUUGUACUGUGAAUUUCUUUUUUUGUUUAGACACUGGUGUGCAUUUCUCAAAGACUUGUGCUGGGAUUGUCAUAGCAUAGUGAAGUAGAGAGCAGGUAUCUCUGUAUUUAUGACUUCAUAUGAAGAGUCAUUCAGCAAUAUUUGCAUUUAUCUUUUUUUCCUACUCAAUGUUUAAUUAAACCUAGUUUAAUUGCAACAAAUAAUCUAUUAUUUUAUUGAAAUGCACCAAAUGCAAAACCAUAUUAAAGACCAAAUGAUAAGUGCUUAAACGCAAUUGAUAUUGUGGUGAACCUGGAGAAGCUUUAUUAGGAAACAGUGCUGGCAGAUAAGCAUGCACUGUGUCCCACUGCUUCAGUGUGAUAGGACUGAAGUUUGACAGCACUGCCCGGGAGCAUUGGUUUUAAUUUUAUACCAGAAUCAGGAGGAGACAGCUCUACUACUGGUUAAGACACUUGCCAUGUCAAAGAUUUGUACGUUAAUACAUAUGUUAGAAGUGCACCUAUGAGAAAGUUAGACCCUGUAACCCCAGAAUUAGUCACACUGCCCUUCGAUUGUGCCUGUCUGAAUCAGCCUGGGAAAUAUUUGCAUUAUUUACUUUUUCAGAUUAACUGUAUCAUUUGAUAAUGGCUUUGUCUCUGUCUGUUGAGAAAAUAAAACUAAUUCUGCUCAAUAACUGUUGAACACACAACAGCUGUCUUUCACAAACUGAUUUUUUUUUUUUUUUAUUACUACUAAAAGGUGUUCAAAUAGUGACCUCUAUCAUUUCUAAAGUGAACUGCAGCUGCACUCGUUAACCCAGAAAUGGAAAUUUGGUAAUUUACUUGCCCUUAUAUAUUAAUGUUUUAAUGAAGGAGUAGAAAUCUCUUGAUUUCAAUUCAAAUCAAUAUAUAUUUAAAUAUGGGUAUUUUCCGACUUCAUCACUAAAUAUUGCUAUUUUUUAAGACUUCACCCUACUCGGUUCUCAUCGAUUAUUUUUACAAAAUAGUCUUA